GCAGGGGUUGAAGAGUUGGACCCAUCUGCAGAUCUUGAAGAGGAGACGAUGACGGACCAUGAUCCGCUUCUAUUUUACCAUUUUUGCAUUAUUAACCUCGACCAGUGAGCAUCGAUUUGUCGUGCUGAAAGUGCACAUUGUGCAAGACCAAGUCGAUGGCAACUCUGAACUCGAAUGCUUCCAACAUUUGCGGGCUUUAAGGCCUGAGGUCCACCACCCUGGCCACGAUAGAGUUCGCUUCCAGAAGAUCAUUUCACUCUUCAAGAACAAGGCGGCGGCACCCACAGACGAGAUACUUGAGCAGUGUGAAGAAGACGAACUUUUAAAUCCAUCACCGAGAAAAAUCGCAAAUAACAGCCGCGUAAUAUGUGUUUCCAAACGUAUUUUAAAUGGAGAGAAUCCCCCAGUUUUGUGUGAUUUUAGCAGCGCACGCAUUACAUACGACAAACCUCAGCAUGAUCUACCUCUGAUGCCACAGCAUUAUCGGCCACCAGAGGUGAUUCUUGCUAUGCCCUGGGAUUAUGCGGUAGAUAUGUGGUGUCUCGGCAUAACGGUAGGGCGGAUGCUGGUACUCAAAGUCCAUUCAGCCACUACGGUAACGACGACGUCGCCGAGGCCCGCCAUUUAUCUCGAAUGGUCGGCCUCCUCGGCUUACCGCCCUUGCAUCUCCUUCAGAAAAGCAAAAAAAGGCACUUAA